CACAUAUAGUGUAUCACUAAAGUUAUCUGACUUAAGUGGACAACGAGUCUCGCGUGCAGUUCACGGGAACUCCUAUGUACUGAGGGCACAACUCACACCAUAUGACAUAAUAACAACACUGAGGAUGAAAAACUGCUUUUCCUUCGGGACGGACACCGAGCACGUGAAGCUGUUGGACGAGUACGGGUGCCCCACAGCCGCCCAACUGAUGUCUGAAUUCAUUUACAACACCUCACAUACAGCCGAAGCCAUAGUCUACGAGAUGUUUAAGUUUCCCGAUUCUCACAAACUCUACAUCCAAUGCGAUGCCAUACUAUGCCGGGGCGGGUGUCGGGAACCCGUAUGCGACUCACCCAACAGUAAGGGCCAAGAUUUGGCCACCGAUUCCUAUUCACUGAUAUCUUCAUCCACAACAGUAUAUGUGUUCGAGCCGUCCGAUGAUAACCGUAAGACU